AUCUACGGCUGGCUUAGUCGUUUCGCCUUCCGAUCAUGUAAUUGUAAUCUCUUAUGGCCACUUACUUACCUACACUACAACCUACGACUCCUUCUGACUCCAAUCCUCCGCUCCACACCGACAGCCACCCUUCCGGUCUGCUGCAUGCACACUCUCUCUCCACCACCAAGCCUUCGUACCCAUGUAAUUCGUAUCCGUCAAAUACUCUCUCUUUUCCACUAUCCUCUUCACUCCUCCUCUGUCGCUCUCUUCCCUAAUGCCGUCCUACGAUUACUCCCACGAUCGUCUGCGUGAUCCCUAUACCACUCGUCCCCGCGACUACGACUCCAGUCACUACUAUAAUCCGAGACACUACGAAAACAUUCCGCGCUCGUCCCCCUACAACGACCCCUCAUAUCUCUCGAGUGCCAGCUCCGCUUAUAAUCGCAGUGAACGGCGGCGAUGGCCUCCAUCACCGAGCGUAGACGAUGAAUCCGACGCUCUUGCCAAAGAGUUUGGCAAUGCAUCCCUGACUGAUCCCCGUGACGAUGUCCCUGCCCGCGGCACUCCUGAUCAGAAUCCAAUUAUUGAGGAUGUCGAUCCUCCAUCCUUUGUUCCGGAGAACAAGGAAGACCGCUUUGUCAUUGUCGGGAGAGGGUCUAAUGACGAUGAGCAAGAUACACCUACACGCGAGCGGAGGAGGUCACGUUUUAACAGGAUGCCGGCGCUGAAUACUGAUAUCGAAGAAGCAAAUCUUUACUCGAGGAGAGAGCCGAGUCCAUAUGCGUUCUCGAGGGACUCAGACAAACCCAGCAAGCGAGAACCAGGGGACUUCUAUCUAUCUCCAAAGCCAAUGACACCCUCCUACUCGAGCACGCCAAGAUUGGCUCCGCCUGAGGAUCGGAAACCACGGCCAAAGUCGCAACGCUCAUCAGCAAUGACUUCAGACGCAAACAGCACAUUCGAGGACUCGGAUGUCGAGCUUGAUGAGGAGCUCUUGAAAAAUACCAGGCGACCCGCACGUUACUCCUUUGCGCCUAGCUCCAGUGAUCACGCACGCGAAGAUAUAAGGGCUUCCUUACAAGAUCUCAAGAAGGAGGCAACAUCCAAGCAAUCGAAUGUCAGGUUCUCGGACACUCCCGGAAGUGGCACAUCAUCACAGGCAUCUACCCCUCCUCCGAACCAAAGAGCUCAGAAAAUCCACACGCAGCAGACCUCCGCCAGCUCAAAGAACAAUUCUCCUAGGAACAGCUAUCCGGACUCAGAUAGCCAUUUGAGGCCUGCGACCGCCGUACCGAGCUCGGCGCAGUUGAAGGAACCCUCGUACCCACCAUCGCCACCCCGGUCACCAUGGGAGAAGGAACAACCAACCUUUCCUAGGUCUAGCUCCAAACCAACUUCGCGACCUGUCUCUCCGAUCCAUAAUAAUAGUGUUCCUUCACCCCCGCGAACUCGCGAUGCCGAUAGAUAUCCUUCUACAUAUUCCAGCGGCGACUCGCGGGUGAGGCCAGAGCCCAGAGUCUCCUCGUCAUUGCGACACGACACUCUACCACCUCCAAGUCCGGUAAUCAAAGUGCAAGCAACGACUCCAGCCCGGAAAUCGAAGCUACCGUAUCCUGACGAUGACCAUGGCUCGGAUGGCGUCUAUAUUCCAACUGUAGAAGCUCCUAUACAGCGACAACGUUUGCCUGAACUUGAUGUCAACAAGGCGCAGUCUUGGAAAAAAUCAUCUUCACGACCUUCGUCGCCAACACGACACAGCCCAAAAAAUGCAACAACAAGACCAAUUCUGACACAUCGAUACACAGAUUCCACUGGCUCUGGCACGGACUCUCCGACUUCGAAACAUCGACAUAAGGACUCUUAUGGUUCCGAAUCAGACUCCGAGUCUCGUCGUAAAACAGAGCGAGUCUUACAAAUGAAGUCUUGCCCGAGGCCUGGCUGGACGACACAUCACGAUGACUGGGUCGCUAUUCAAGGCUAUAGCAAAUUUGCCAUCUGCCGUGACUGCUACAAAAAUCAUAUCGCCGGUACCAUUUUCGAUCAUGACGACGAGAUAAAACGGCCGCGAUACCGACCUGGUGUCAAACUGCGGUGUAGCUUCGACUCGGCAUGGGUCCGCAUGGCAUUUACCUUGACCAAGUGGCGAAGAGAAAGAGACUUGGGGCUAAUCAAGGAUCUCGCCGAGAUCGCGGAGAAAGAAAGCGAAUGCCCUAAGAAUGAAAAAAUUCCUGGCGUGUGGUAUGGGCUAAAACACGAGGGCAAAUUCGUACCAGAUCUAUUCAUCUGUCCGUACGAUAUCCACCAACUCGAAGCCCUUUUUUCCACGCUCAAGGGCAUGUUCACCAUCAUUCCCCAACCCCGCGAGCGCAGCCCACACCGCUGUACUCUUGGCCGACCCUCAAGCCCCGAGUUCACGUCCUACCUCGAUGUUUUGCAUGCUAUCGACGAGAAGGCCGUAGCUGAGACAAAGCACCAGGGCUACUGCAUGCCCAACAUGAAGCCUUUGGUCGCGCUGUUCCCCAGCACCCCAGAGCGCCAGCUCACCACAUCGGUCUCACAACCACCCCCACCAUGCACUCGUGGGUUCUUCAUAACCAACGCAAAAUGGCACUACAUACCCCGGCUCCCCGAAUUCACAGUCUGCAGCGAGUGCUACACGAAACACAUCAAGCCCUACAUCGCGGAAGGCUAUCUCGCCGACCGCUUCCUCGCCAAGCCCACAUACCUGCCCCGCAGUCUCGACGCCAACGGCGUGUCCUGCCAGAUGUAUCCCAAGUCCAUGCAAAAGCUCUGGGCCGACAGCGACGAAUACAACGACUACGACACUCUUGCGGCGAAAGCGCGCGAGCGCAAGCGCGAAGAGGAUCGAUAUCGCGCGCGCAUCAGCACGUUGGAACGGAGAAUGGACAGGGCGACUAAGAAGGCGGCUGAGGAGGGGCUUGAUGGGCGCGGCCGGGAUCGCAAUGCGUCUGGUGGUCUGCUGGAGCAGCAGCGGAUGAUGCAGUAUGAGAUGGAUCGGCUGGCGGCGGAUUGGCGAAAGUAUGAAUGAAUGAUUGCAUGAUUGAAUGAUGGAUUGAGUGAAUGAAUGAAUGAGCU